AAACAGCAUUUGUGUCCCUGAGAACAAAGCGAGCGCCGAGUGCAUGUGCAUCCUGCAGAUGGAGUUCUUGGUGACCGCGGACAACUUCGAACUGAGCCUGUUGGCUGGGAACCAUGUGCUGUGGAACAGCUUCUUUAUGCCCAGCAAGCACAUCAAGCCCCUGGCACCUAGGCACCUCCUGGUCCGCCCCAACACCUCCGACAUAUGGCAGCUGACAUGGAGCAACCCAUACCCAUCUUAUAUGUACCUGUCCCAAGACCUCAUCUACAAGGUCAUCGUGUCCAACCAGAACGACCCCACUGACGUCAGAUUCUAUGAUGUGACUUACAAGGACACAUUCCUGCGCUUGGUAGCCAGCACCCUGAAGUCUGAGGCCAACUACAGUGCCCAGGUGAAGGCUCAAGCUCCCUCCUAUAGAAGCACCUGGAGCGACUGGAGUGCCAAAGUCUUAUGGCAGAAUUACUACCAGCCGGCCCCGGAGCAGCACUUCCAAGUAGGCGUUGGCAUCUCCUGCAUUGUCAUCCUGCUUGUCUGCUUGUCCUGCUACAUCAGCAUCAUCAAGAUUAAGGAGUGGUGGGACCAGAUCCCCACCCCAGCCCGCAGCCCCCUCAUGGCCGUCAUCAUCCAGGAGCCCCAGGCACCCCUAUGGAGGAAGCCAUGUCAAAGCCAGGAAGUCACCAAAUGCCCACGGUGGAAGACUUGCCUCUCCAAGCUCCUGCCCUGUUUCUUGGAGCAUACCCCCAAGAAGGAUGAGUUCCCCAUCAAAACAGCCAUGCCCAGCCCUGGAAUGUCCAUGUGGCGCCCCGUGGAGGUCAGGAAGACAGUGCUGUGGCCAGAGCGCACCAGCGUGGUACAGUGCGUGGAGCUGUUGGAGGCACAGGUGCAGUGUGAGGAGGAGGACAAAGAGGAGGAGGAAGAGGAGGAACAGGAGCAGGAGGACGAAGGAAGCUUCUGCCCAUCUUCUGGGAGCACUACUCGAGCAUUCCUGGAGGGCAGGAAAGACAUCGCGGACCGACUGACGGAGAGUUUAUUCUUGGAUAUACUAGGGGCUGAAGAUGGGUCCUGCAGCCUACUGAACUCUAGAGAGUCGGGUCUCUUGCCACCUCCAGGAAGUGAGAUGAGCUGGACCAGAGUCCCAGGUGUAGAGCCCCAGGAGGCAUCGUUCCAGAGAGAGGCACAGCCUUUCAGCUUCGGAUCGGCCGCACUGCCCCAUAGCCCAGCACACCAAGCCAUCACAGACAACCCCGCCUACCGCAGCUUCCAGCAGUGCCUUCAAUCAGAGGCUCAUGCAUCCCCAGGGCAGGCUGGGGAAGAGGUCCUCAGCAUCCCAGGGGACUCGCAACCCUCCUGCAUGCAGCAGCCUGAGCCUGAAAGCUGGGAGCAGAGUCUGCACCAGAGCCUCCUCCAGCACCGAGCAGCCCCCGCCCUCGCCACAGCACCCCUCAAUGGCUAUCGGGGGUUCAUGCAGGCGGUAGAGCAGGGGAGCACUGAGAACAGUGGAGUGACAGGCUCACUGGGGCAGGCUGGCUACAAGACCUUCUCCAGCCUGCUCACCCAGGGGGGCAGUUCCCUGGGGACACCUGGGGUACAGGACAGCAGUGGAAGUGGGGGCUACCGACCCCUUCAGAGCCUGGCUUCCAGCACUCCCACUCCCCCUGUCCCUCUGCUCACCUUUGGACUCGACCUGGGGCCACCCCAGAGCUCAUCCUAUUCGCUCUCCCCAAAUAGCUCCCCAGAGCACCCGAGGUCAGAGCCAGGAAAGGGAAGACCCCUCCAGGAUCUCCCAGAGCUGGACACGGAACCACUCAGGGAUGAGCUUUCCAGCGCCGUGGUCUACUCGGCCCUUACCUGCCACCUGUGCGGCCACCUGAAGCAGUGCCAUGGGCAGGAGGAGCGGGGCAAGGCCCCCAUCGUGGCCAGUAGUCCCUGCUGUGGCUGCUGUUGUGGAGAUAGGUCGACACCCCCAGAAAGCCCCCUACCCAGUGGGGGCCCACCAGAUUCCAACCUCUCCUCAGCCUUACUGGUGUCCUCAGGUUGCUCGGACCAGGGCCCAUUCUCCCUGACCCCCGUGGCACCGACAUGCCUGAGCAUGUCCUAGGGGCUGAGUCUGCAGGGAUGUGUAGGUCGGCACCAUCUUGCUACCAGCUUUCUCCAGAGACUUGGAAAAACUGUGAAAUUGUGCAGUUGAUAGAUGCAGGGCAACAGGUACCAGACACCCCCACUACCCACCAUCUGCCCUGGUAGCUCUGCCUGCAAUGGGCACCUACCAGGGGCAGGAGAUCCACAGUGUCUCCACCCAAGUCAAGAUGUGUUCACCCACUGACUGGGCAUUGCUUCCACCUCACCACCAGGAAUAGAGCCCAGAGAACAAACCAGCCAAUUGGUGGGCGAGAGAGACAGUGGGGAAUGUAGUUGCAGGCAGGGUGGAUGGCGGAUGGCUCCCUGGAAGGACUCAUUAAUUGGAGCUCCGUGCAGUGGACAUGGGACCUGGACAGGGAGGGAUGAAGUGAACGGGGAAGGAAGGAGCUGUCGUGAUUUUCAAGCAGUGACAAUUUGCUACCAGGUGCUCAUGCUGCUGUUAAGAAGAGGGCUGCUGUUCACAGGGGCCCUU